CUACCAAGCACAGAGCCUCGCCCGGCGCGGCCGCCAUCCGAGCGGCAGACCGCCUCGAAGCGGCUGCCCCGCGUGCUCAUGCUGCUCUUGGAGCAUGGAUGGGUGUCGCCAGACGACACGCUAUACAGCGUCCUUUUGGCCAGCCCGCGGCAAUACCAUCGACUCCAAGGUGGCAUCGACCGGUCGCUUCGUACCUCGUGGUGGCUGUACCACGCACUGCGUCAGCGUGCGCUUUUGCCGCAGGACAAACAUGUCUACGCGAACGAGCUGCUGCAAGGCCAUGCGAAUGUUCUCUUGACGCUGGCGCACACGGGUCAAGACGGCGAGAUCCGACGGGACAUUCCACGGACGUUUCCCCAGGAGCCAUACUUUGAGACCAUCUCGGACGCAGCCCGCCCAGGACACGUGCACUUGGCCAACAUUCUGAAGGCGCUUGCGCUCCGCUUUCCAUCGAUCGGGUACUGCCAAGGCAUGAACUACGUCGUGGCGAAGCUCCUGCUCGUCGUGCUCAACGACCCUACUGUCAUCACGGACAGCAACCUAACGCGCGACGACGAAGCCAUUGUGUUUUGGACCGUCGCUGGGGCCAUCCAGCAGCACGAUUUGCAUUCGCUUUGGGCUCCGUCCAUGCCUGGGCUGCGCCGCCACAUCUACGCGCUACAGACGCUCAUGGAGCGUCAUCUCCCACAGCUCUCUUCGCACUUGCGCACGAUUGGCAUGCACGCAGGGUACUUUGCAACGCAGUGGUUUGCCACGCUCUUUGCGCGCCUGCUCUCGCUCGACGCGUUCGCCUGCGUCUGGACGCGCUUCCUUGUCGACGGCGCCAAACUGCUCUUCCGCAUUGCGCUUGUCGCGUUGGCGGAAAUGCAAGUCGACCUCUUGGCACUCGACAUGGAAGGCGCGAGCUCCUAUUUCGUGCGGCACCCGAAAGCCAGAGUCAUGGCGCUCCACGGCCGGUCGCUUCUCCUGCGCGCGAUGCGCUACAAAGUGACGCGUCGCGGCCUCGGUGAGAUUGAGACCCAGCGCAAGAGGUCGUUUCUGCACCACCGCCUGACGCGUGCGCAUGGCUCGACGCUCGACGCCGACAUCUUUUACCCCGAGCUCGACGGGCGCCCCGAGGACCCGCCGUCGGUGUUGGAGCCGAUUCGGCGCCAAGUCGCGAGCUACGAGACCAUCGUCGCCAACGAUAUCGCGGUCUUUCGGCGCAAGAUUGAGCAGCUCCAGAAGGCGCUCGAGAAAGCGACGCAAACGCUCGUUCGCGCGACGCGUGCGGCCAUGGACGCAACGUACCGCGUCGACGAGCUCAGCGAGUGGCACGACCGGCUCGAGCACCAAGUGCGGACGCUGUACCCCGGCGUGUACACGGCGCAGGCGGCAUCGUCGCCCGGCUGGUACCUUCGCAUGCUCGGGUGUUUCGAGCACCCGCAUUCGCUCCUCAAAGAGGACGACGAUGAGGUCGGUGACCGCAGUUAUUUUCGCCAAAAGCUCGUGGGCGUGGGCCGCGAUCUUCUCCUCGCCAAGGCCAGCUGGGCGGCGGCCAGUGACGCCCUGCGGUGGGCGCAGCUCGACGUGGACGAGCGCGUGCUGUUCAAGACCAAGCUCGUCGAGCAGUUUUGGUCGGUGCUCCGGCGCAACGAGAGCGACAAGUCGGCGCUGCUGCACACACUCUUUCAUCAAGUGGACGAGAAGGACGAGAACAGGCUCCACAACGCCACAUGACUUUCUGCAGUUAAAAUUCACGGGGGCAAUGCGACGACAUAAAGUGAUAGUAUCUAAGCUCCUAAACUAGUUUGCGAC